UCCUGGGUUAGUUGUGAUGAAAAAAUUUUUUAAUAUCAUGGAUAUUUUUGGGGCGUGACAGAGGUGGUAUCAGAGCCUGAUUUGAGAAUCACUAAGAAUAUUAUCUUUAUUUGAGGUUUAUUGACUGUCAUUAGAGAUUGAUCGAAGAAAAUGUUCUUUUGAUGUUUUAGGAAGCGAGGAUGACGAUAAUCAUCUGGUUCUCCUGUUGCAUCUACUGCUGAUCAAUUGAGUGGUAUUAUGCGGACUUUGGAGACUAUGGCACAUGUGAUGCAACAACAACAACAACCUGCCCAACAAGGAAAUAAUGAUGGGACAGAGACAUCAAACCAGACGGGGUUGGGAAUUGGACAGUUUAAGAAGCUUAGUCCUCCCAGUUUCAGUGGUGAGUCUGAUCCAAUGGUGGCGGAACGGUGGAUGUUGCAGAUAGAGAAAAUAUUUGAUGCCUUUAAUUACUCUGAUGAACGAAAGGUUUUUCUUGCCACCUUUAUGCUGGAGGGAGAAGCUGAACACUGGUGGAGAAUGAUUAAGAGGAUGUCUGAAAUCAAACAUGAGCCAAUGACAUGGAAGUUAUUCCAAGAAAAGUUUAACGAUAAAUAUUUUUCAGAAUGUAUGAGAGAGCAAAAAGAAUUGGAGUUCUUGAAUCUUAUCCAGGGGAGUAUGACGGUUACAAAGUAUGAAUCUAAAUUUACUGAGCUCUCCAGGUUUGCCACACAUAUGACUGAUGAUGAAUCUAGAAAGGCAAGAAGGUUUGAAAGGGGAUUACGGCCGGCAAUAAGAAGCCGAAUGUCAGCUUUAAAAUUACAAACAUAUGCUGAUACGGUAGAAAGAGCUUUGAAAAUUGAAAGAGACAUGGAGGAAAUUCAAGAAAUCAUUGGCAAGAACCAAAGGGACAAAUUUACUAGCAAAAGCAGGAGAGUAAAUGAAUACGAAGAUAGUAACAAGAGGUUUAAGACAUCUGGAUUUGAGAAAAGGAAACCAUGGGGGAGGACUCAGUUAUGUGAAAAAUGCGGGUUAAAUCAUGAGACAAGUCGGUGUUUUCGGGUGACUGGAGCAUGUUUUAAUUGUGGAAAGCUAGGUCAUCAAAUAAAAGAUUGCCCACUGAACAUGAAAAGAGAGCCACUGUCUCCUAGACCCUCAGCCCAUGCUAGAGUAUACGCUAUCACUGAACAAGAUUCUAGAGCUUCUAAAUCAGUGGUGGAAGGAUAGCGUAUCGCUUGCUUAAAUGUUAAGAAUGGGCUGAGGCAGUGGAAAAUUUAGAAGACGUUGGGCAGAACUUUUGUUAGCAUAUAUGUAGUUGUGUAUAAGCUACCUUGCAUCUAAUGAAAUGUGACUAUGAAUCUAAACCGGUGGAUUUUGUGUAAGUUAAAGGAUCCCUCAUGUAUAGGGUUUUGGAAUGUUAAAUUAAAUUCGUGUAAUGAUAUGAACUUAUGGUAAAUCGAUGAUUGUGGUGACUGCAUAGAUUUCCCCA